AUGCAAUGCGUCAAGAUGAUGCUUCAGAGCAAGAUCCUUCGUCACUACAAGAUCACAGGAGAGCUGCCCAACACCACCAACGAAUUCGACUCGCAGACCGGCUUCGGACAGACAGUCCAACCUUCAGUCAAUGCGCAGGCCAAGCCGACGUUAGGCACCGGUGGUGGUCGAGCCCGGCCAUCACCGAGUUCUUAUUCGCGACCAACACUCCGCUGUCAUUCUUCCCGGAGUUCGGGCGGUCGAGACUCCCUGCUCCUCUCCGAUAGACAUGCCGACGAGGAGCCUGUCAAUGCAAGUGGUGACGGUUCAUGGACCGAGUCUACCACGGGGGCUGGGGGUGCAAGGUCUCUUCGCAAGAAGUUGGUCGAUGCGAUCUCCAGACGUUCUCCUCUAACCAUUGCUGCUGCAAUCUCACCGGUACCCUCAUCCGGUGGCCCGGCCGGCUUCAAGACGCUUGAUCCUCCUCCAGACUACUUCGCAGACCGGACAAAGCCACAACUGUUCAUUAGUUCAGACGAAUCUGUACCGAAUUUAAAGGUUUCGUCGCCCUUACCUACCGAGUUGUCAUCCAAGGCGUCUUCUGCCGUCUCUUCUUCGCCCUAUAUCACAGCAAUUGCCACCAGUAGUGCCGCCAGCUCCGCUGAAACCAUCACAGCGCUCUUUUGCAACGCUCCAGCAACGGCACCGGUCUUUGGGUUGCACAGGCUCGGGGCAACACGAUCCUUCUCUUCAGACAGCUCCCCACAUCAAGAAACUUCUGCUUUUGAUGCCUCCUCCAGCAAGCUUUCUCCGCCAAUACCACCACCAACACCACCACCACCACCAAUUGUCACGGCGAAACAUACAAUGAUCCAUUUUCAACCAGACACGCGUGCUCCUAACCAAGCCUUCAUGCCAACUACGUCAGGCCUGUCUGUUGAAGUGUGCGGCCAGGGAAGAUUUGAGGAAGUGACGAAGACUGAGUCCUCGAAGGCCGUGCGAUUCUGCCAGACCCCGAAACCUCUUGUCUGCCUGCAGGAGGCGGCCGGCCCAUAUGCCUCUUCAGCAUCUUCGCCAAUGCAGACAAGCAGUCCAGAUUGCCUCGGUCGACACGCCCGCACUGCUCUGAUUCCUUCCACGGACCCCAUCCUGCAACCCUCCACACCCCACUUGCCUUCUCUCGCCCGUUUGGCUUCCCUUCAUCCUCCUGCCACUUGCCCUGUCUCUUCCUCCUCCUCGUCACUAAGCUCCACAACUGUAAAUCCAACUUCGUAUCCAGCCUCCACUUCAUCUGGACCUCCCAACCCUGUUGUGAUGGCCGCCAAUAUGUCAGGACCAGGAACAGUGAUGCCUUUGUCUGUUCGGACCAUAUCCGAGUUCACCAUCAAGGCUCCUCCAAAGAAGCGGCUCAAACUGAUGCACUUGUGCUCCAGCUUCUCUCCCUCUCUCGCUAUGUCCGCGGUUAUGUCCACGUCUCAAGAACCGAACUCUCCUAUCUCCUUCGAAGCAGGUGGGUGCCUAUUUUACCAAACGUUCACUAGGUAUACUGUCAGGUUGACAAUACGAUCCUUGUCAGCCCAUGUCACUCAAAAGUAA